AUGCCUUCUCGUUCAGAUUCCCCGUUCAACUUGCAGACAUGCGCUCGCCCGAACAUUCUCUCAUUAGAGCCUUAUCGUUGUGCUCGAGAUGAUUAUAAAGAUGAUGGGACUAAUAUUCUCCUCGAUGCCAAUGAGAACGCCUAUGGUCCAUCUCUUCCCGGCAGCACCACUUCAAACCCCUCACUCAAUUUUCUUGGCUUAAACCGCUACCCCGACCCUCACCAACACCCUCUCAAAUCCCUCCUGUGUACCCUGCGCAACACCCAUCACCAUACCGAGCUCCCUCUCCACCCUCUCAACCUGUUUCUUGGCGUUGGUUCCGAUGAAGCAAUUGAUGCUCUUCUCCGCUGCUUCUGCACACCCUCAGUCGACUCCAUUCUCGUCUGCCCGCCAACUUAUGGCAUGUAUAGCGUAUCUGCACAAGUCAACGAUGUAGCACUCGUCAAAGUACCUUUAUUACCAGCUCCAGAGUUUGGUCUGGAUGUCCCAGCUAUUCUUGAUACUCUUUCGAAACCACAACCAAAGCCUAUCAAACUCAUCUAUAUCUGCUCCCCAGGAAAUCCUACUGGAUCUUUGAUCCCAAAAGAACAAAUCGAACAAAUACUCUUGCACAAGACCUGGAAUGGUAUUGUGGUGGUAGAUGAAGCAUACAUAGAUUUUUCACCUGACGGAUCGUCACUCGCGGAAUGGGUGAAUGAAUGGCCAAAUUUGGUGGUUUUGCAGACACUGAGUAAAGCAUUUGGGUUGGCUGGUAUAAGGCUUGGCGCUGCGUUUGCAAGUGUUGAGGUUGCAGCGUUGCUGAAUAAUCUGAAAGCGCCAUACAAUAUUAGCUCCCCUACAGAGGCACUUGCUUCCCAAGCGUUAAAGGAAGAUGGAUUAUCAGUUAUGAGGACGCACAAGGAGAAAAUUGUGGGACAGAGAGAAAGAUUACUGAAGGAUUUGCCUAAGGUUAAGGGUGUGGGGAGAUUCAGGGGCGGUAUAGCCAGUAAUUUCUUGCUCGUAGAGAUUUUGAACCAAAGUGGAAAGCCUGACAACGAGGUUGCGAGAAAGGUGUAUGAGACUCUAGCGGAGAACAGGGGAGUCGUGGUUAGAUUUAGAGGUAAGGAACAUGGCUGUCUGGGCUGUUUGAGGAUAACAGUUGGAACGGAGGAUGAGGUAACCAGAUUCCUGGGACAAGUUGGUGGGGUUAUAGAGCAGGUUUGGAAGGGUGAGGGUGAGAAGGUAGAAAGUGUCGAGGAGGAGCAGAAGAAGGAAGCGGAAGCGAAUAAUAUCUUGGCAUAG